GCUGUCUCUGUUGACGUGGAGACGGUGGCUGUGAAUGGGUUUGGGUGGAAAUCUCCAGAUAUUCAUGAGUAAAAGUUUGUAAAAUAGGGCUGUUAAAAACGAGCAGACAUGCUGGACUUUGCCAUCUUUGCUGUCACGUUUGUCAUCAUUUUAGUCGGCGCUGUUCUCUACUUGUACCCGUCAUCCAGAAGAGCCUCUGGCAUCCCAGGUCUCAACCCUACAGAUGAGAAGGAUGGGAACCUGCAGGACAUCGUGAACAGAGGCAGUCUGCACGAGUUCCUGGUCAGUCUGCAUCAGGAGUUCGGGUCUGUGGCAUCAUUCUGGUUCGGCGGUCGGCCGGUGGUCAGCCUGGGCUCUGUGAGCCAGCUACAGCAACACAUCAACCCCAACCACACCACUGACUCCUUUGAGACGAUGCUCAAGUCGUUGCUAGGUUACCAGUCAGGGAUGGGAGGCGGGGCCAGUGAGACCAUGAUGAGAAAAAAGGUGUACGAGAGUGCUGUCAACAAUACACUGAAGACCAACUUCCCUCUUGUGCUCAAGCUGGUGGAGGAGCUGGUUGGGAAGUGGAAGUCGUUCCCAGAGGCUCAGCACAUCCCACUGUGUGCCCACCAGCUGGGUUUGGCCAUGAAGACCGUCACCCAGCUUGCCCUGGGUGAGCGCUUCAGAGACGACACGGAGGUCAUUUCCUUCCGCAAGAACCAUGACGCGAUCUGGUCAGAGAUCGGGAAAGGCUACUUGGAUGGCUCCCUGGAGAAGAGCUCCAGCAGAAAAGGACAUUAUGAGAAGGCUCUGUCAGAGAUGGAGUCUGUGCUUCUGUCAGUGGCUAAGGAGAGAAAAGCCCAGAGGAAGCAGACGGUGUUUGUCGACGCUCUGCUUCAGUCCAGCCUCACAGAGCGACAGAUCAUGGAGGAUUGCAUGGUUUUCACUUUGGCCGGAUGCGUCAUCACUGCCAACUUGUGUAUCUGGGCACUUCACUUCCUGUCCACCUCAGAGGAAGUUCAGGAAAAGCUGUACCAGGAGCUGGAGGACGUUUUGGGUUCGGAUCCAGUUUCCCUGGACAAGAUCCCUCAGCUUAGAUACUGCCAGCAGGUCCUCAACGAGACGGUGAGGACUGCCAAGCUGACCCCCGUCGCGGCUCGGCUUCAGGAAGUGGAGGGCAAAGUCGACCAACAUGUCAUCCCCAAAGAGACUCUGGUGAUCUACGCUUUAGGAGUAGUCCUGCAAGAUUCUGACACCUGGAGCACCCCAUACAGGUUUGACCCAGAUCGAUUUGAGGAGGAAUCAGCCAGGAAGAGCUUCUGUCUGCUCGGCUUCUCUGGGAAUCAAACAUGCCCAGAGCUCAGGUUCGCCUACACCGUAGCCACUGUCCUGCUCAGCUCUUUGGUGCGGCAGCUGAAGCUUCACAAGUUGAAAGGACAAGUCAUUGAGGUCAGAUCUGAGCUGGUGUCCUCACCUAAGGACGAAACCUGGAUCACUGUCAGCAGAAGAGGCUAGAACUAGUCCUUAAAACCACUGGAGACCGAAGAGCUGAGUCCUGACUCGUAAUGGAAUAAAUUUAACAACAUUGAUUAAAGAAAUAACCAGCAAAGUAUCUGUUUGAAAAUCCAAUCUGUCAGAGAAACAUCAUUUUUUCAGCCCAUGACUCACGUUACCUCCUGUCUUUAGAAAAAGCACUACGGUAGUUGAGACUUGUGGGAGUUAAACUCUUACUUUGUGUCUUUCUUAAAGGCUUUUUCUUAACUGCCCCGGUUGUUUUUCUGGUCCUUUUUCAGCUGAAGAGCAUUAUUACCUUGUCUGUCCACAGGUUAAAUUUGACUUAUUGAAAGACUCCAUCUGUUACAGGAGGAAAACUCAUAACAUUAAUAUUCUACGAUGUAGAGAAAAAAAAAACUUCUCGCCAGAAGUGUUUCUAUAAUUCUUAGAACAACUGCCUUAAGUCCGUGUUUCAAAUGACACAGGGCUUGUUUGUAUAUUAAAACAGGCCAAAUGGUGUUUAGACAUUUCAUUCCUUUUUUGUAAAGACAUCUUAUAUUAUGAUUAAAUAUGUAUGAAGAUUC